ACCGACACAUUACCUAUAUACAUACGCCUGCACCGCCCUCUCAUGGCUUCCAAUACCCCCACUCGAGAGAUGCUCGCCACCCAAGUGCUGCCUAUAUCCACAUACUCUAUGAUUCUCAAAACACCCACUCCAUCCAGUAUGGAGACUACUGAACACAAUACCUUGUACCUGUCGACUUUGGACCAAAACAAUGUUCGCGUCUACAUCCAAACACUCUUGCUGUUCCCAUUCCCCGACGGGAACCAGAUGGAAGCUGCCAUCACUGCUCUCGACCAAGGCCUAAAAGAGACGCUGAAGAUAUUUCCUUUCCUGGCCGGCACUCUUAAACUAGCUGAACUCGGGAAACUGCGUCUUACCUACCCAACCCAGGUCCCGGAUCCUAGGGCGGCGGGUAUCUUCGCCAUCAAGAAGGUCGACCUUGGAGACGACUUCCCUCACACCUACGAAGAACUCAAGCAACAAGGCAUGCCUCCAAGUGCAUUCAUGCCCGAGAUCUUCUGCCCGGACGAUCUGGCCGAUAAAAAGAAGUAUCCCUAUAUGCCAGCACAUGCUGAAGGUAUCGUCGAUUGCGAUAAAGUAGCGGUGCCUGCUCUCAGGGUCCAGGCAAACUUUAUUCCGGGCGGCCUAGUCCUGAGCACAUACUGCCAUCACACGGUUAUGGACUGUUCCGGCGUCAACCGCUUCUGGAAGUAUUAUGCACGCGAGAUCUCAAAGAUCAGCCAUUUCCAACAGGACAAGCCAAGGACAAGAGAGGGCGAAAUCCAGGAUGAAGAACUCCCUGACCGGACAGACGAAUCAGAGCAACGACGAGCACUGGAUAGACGUAUCCGACCCCCUCCAGGUGGUACACGGGCAGAUGCCGAGGCCUAUUGCAAAGGCACAUACUCGUAUGACCAGACAUUGCCCGAAGAUACGCCUUGUUCCCUGAGUUACUUUGUCAUCCCAUACAAACGCAUGGUCGAGUAUCGAGACAAACUCAGUCGCCACUUCCCUGGACCGCAACGGCUAACUAUUUGCAACUUGUUGGCGGCGUUGGUGUGGAUUCAUGUCACGCGUGCAAGGGCUAAGAGACUGAACCUUGCAUGUCAAGAGCAGCAGACACGCAUUGGAGUUGCUACCGAUCUCCGUCGAAGAUCCCAUCCCGAGCAUCCCGAGGUCAGCGAGGAGAUCACAAAGAGCAAGGAAUACAUGGGAAAUAUGGCGCUUUUCUCUACGGGCAAAAUGAAGAUUGCCGAUAUUGUCACCGAAGAUUGUGUAACGGAACGGACCGUCGUCCAAACUAUCCGCAAAAUCCAGCAGACCAUCAACAAGGUCAACGAAGAUUGGGUCCUCCAGCACCUCGCCUUCUUCAACUCGAUUGAGAAGAUUGAGGACACGGAAUGCGCGUUGGGAUUCAAAUUUGGACUCGACAUCUACAUCACUUCUUGGAUGAAUUUCGGUGGCGACAUCGAAUGGGGCAUCCCCGGCACCGAUCUAUCCAAUCAUGGGCUCCAUGGUCGACCAGACUAUAUAAGAAGGACGUACGGCCCGUCGGAUGGCGGCAUGAUGAUCAUGCCACGGCGUCGCCGUCAAGUAAACGGUGAAGACGCUCCAUACGAGGUCAUGAUCCGUCUCGCCAGCGAAGACAUGGAGACGCUUACAAAAGACGAAGGUGGACUGCCUUGGUGGGCAGAAAGGAUCAUCGAAUAG